AUGUCCACUCUGGCAGCGGAUGUCACGUUUGACUUCACUUUUCCACCAUGCGAUCCCACUACCCCUCCGAGCUUUACUUUUGAUCCGUCUCUGCUUGAGAUCCCCUACAACCCUGGCCACGCUCGCUCCAGUUCGCAUGGAUCCGUCUACUCCUUCGAGUCGUCGCCCUCCGACUCGGUCGCCGCUCCCAGCACUCGCCGGACGACGCCGGCCCGCUCCCCCAUCCGCACUCACGGCCCGCUGCUCCUCCCCAAGAUCCGCAGCCAGGACCAGGCCUUCACGCCCUCGUGCCUUGCUGCCCCUGCUCCUAAGCGUGCCCGCACCAUUCCGGCUCCUGUUGCCCGCAAGAGCAGUGCCUUCCGCCCCUCGCACGCCCGCAGCUUCACCAACCCCGAGACCAUCCCUUAUUCCGCCGCCGUGUCUUUCACUGACGACAGCAACAACUUUCUUUGCUCUCCCGUGAGCUUUCCCCAAGACUCUGCCGGCCACUCUCGCCGCGCCUCCACGUGCAGCCUGGACAAUGUCACGCUCGAGAAGUACGGCUUCCCGACCUACCGCCAGAUGCCCUCGUAUGUGCCCACCGCCCGGUCCAGCUGCAGCCCGACCCCCCCGCCGCAGCCGCAGCAGCUCCAGGCCCACCUUUCCCAACCCGACCAGUUUCUCUUCCCCCAGCAGUAUGUGCCGCGCGCUCCCUCGCCGCUGGCCGCUGCCGCCACCAUCACGCCCGAUCUAACGCCCUCCACUACUCUCUAUUCUUACCUCACCUCGUCGAACCCGGCGCCGUCGCUGGUCCGCACCAUCUCGUUCCCCCUGCGGGACCCUCACAUCAAGAACUUCUGGUGGGACGUUCGUCAGAUCCGCCCCUGGAGCAAUUUCAAUGCCUCGGCCAUUCUGGCAAUGCCCGGCGCUUCGGCCUGCCUCUCUAUGCCCGUAUCUACGGCGCUCCUGCCUAGCCCAAUGGCCACCCAGAGGCAUCCCGAGACCGAGUCGGCCCUACACUCCAUCUAUACCUCGUACUACCUCCCCAAGCUCAACAAUGCCCUAGCCCUCUCAUCUCAGCGACCGUUGCAGCUCUCCGUCCCCUCGAAGAGCGCAGUGGCCGCCGUGUCCCCCAAUAAUUCAGGCAUGGCAACCGACUGCAUGUUCGUGGCCAAUGUCGCGGGCGAGUCCGCCUCUGCGGCUGCCAUCUUUGGUGGCAAGCCGACGGCGCGCGUCGUCGGGCUCGUGAAGAGCUUUGACCGCUUCAACACGGGCAUGCGCGUCGAGGGCAAUGUCAAGCGGGUCGAGUACCUCCGCGGACUUGCACACCUCCACCACGCCAUGCGCGAGCACGGCUGCCGCUACGGCUUCAUCCUCACCGAGAUUGAGAUGGUGUUUGUGCGCAACGGUGGCGACGGCACCCCGCACUUUGGUUAUCUCGAGGUCGGCAGCGUGCAGCUCGCGGCCGCCGCCCCUGAGGGUGACACCCUCGAUGGCGCUGGUGUCCCCACCGACGCUGAGCAGGUCCAGCUUACCGCGUGCCUGACGCUCUGGGGUCUGUGCAUGCUAGCGGGCGAUGAGCCUAUGAACGGUCAUGCCCACUGGCGCGCUGACAUUGGUGCCCCUGCCGAGGGCACUCGCCGCAAGGCUCUGCCUCGCGAUGACUGGAUGCCCCAGCCCCAGCUGGCUGAGAAGCGCGAGGCGAAGCGCUCUCGCGGCUGGGUCUGGCCCGAGGAUGCCAUCGGCCGAAAGGAGCUUGGCAAGCGCGGCGUCCGGUACGGCGCUUGCUGA